GUUGUUUUAUUGUCUACAACGUACCUAUUCCAUCACAUUAUUUCAUUUGCAAUCCUCUUGUCAAGUACAAGUACGUGCGAGAUACUUGUGUGUCGUUGAGUAAUUAUCGUGUAUUGUCAUAAUUAACUGCAUAAUAUAGCCGGUGUUGCGUAUUAAAAUGGCUGACUUCAUCGCCGUGCCGUUGAAGAAGCCAACGGACGUGGACAUUGUCCAGCCGUUGAAGAAUUUACUGCAGGCGCGGUACAGCACUGCAGAUCAGCCGCUGGAUUAUAGCGAUGCCAUCAAUGACCUCAGCAAGUUACGAAGCAACGCAAUUUGGAGGGCGUUUGAGAAGUAUGAGAGCAGUUUGGAGAUUAUUUAUGGGUAUUAUGAUCAACUGGUGGCUCUGGAAGGUAAGAUACCCGCACAGGAGAUGCAAGUACCCUUCAAAUGGAAGGAUGCAUUUGAUAAAGGGUCUAUUUUUGGUGUACGAAGCAGUCAAACAAUUGCAUCAUUAUCCUUUGAAAGAAUCUGUGUUCUCUUCAAUAUUGCAUCUCUCCAGAGUGCUGUAGCCUCCACACAAGCUUUAGACAAUGAUGAAGGCUUAAAACUCGCUGCUAAAUUAUUCCAACAAGCAGCUGGUAACUACAAUCACCUAAAAGCGACUGUAAUUCAAUCAAUCCAGCAGGAACCCACAACAGACCUCAAUCCAGACACGCUGGGAGCUCUGGCGCAACUAAUGCUUGCACAAGCACAAGAAAUUUUCGUUCACAAAGCAAUUUUAAACAACAUGAAAGACGCUGUUGUUGCUAAACUAGCCGCGCAUUGUGAGGAUCUCUACGGUGACUGCGCGAAAAUCUUCCAGAAAGAGCCACACAAAGGUCUCUUCGACCGCGAAUGGACUUCUUUGAUCCUUGGUAAACAAGCGGCUUAUCAAGGCAUUGCUUAUUUAUAUCAAAGUUUAGUCUGCAAGGCAAACAAAGCAGUAGGGGAAGAAAUAACUUGGUUAACUAAUGCAGAGGAACAGUUUAAACUCGCCCAGACAAAAGCAUCCAAAGCAUUAUUCCCUGAACUAGCACAUAAAGUCCAGCGAAACUUAACGGAAGCAAGAAAAGAUAACGAUUUUAUCUACCACGAGCGUAUUCCUGAUAUAAAAUCACUCGCGCCGAUUGGUAAAGCCGCUCUGGCUAAAAUGAUUGCGCCUGCGUAUCCGAUGAGUCAAAAUUUCAAAGAUUUGUUUGAUGAAUUAGUGCCGAUUGCUGUUCAUCAAGCGAUGGCUGCUUGCGAUGUGCGUAAGAGUGAACUCGUGAAUGUGGAGAUUUCAAAGUCACGGGAUGCCACACAAUUGUUGAAUAGCGUGCUGGCUUCUUUGAAUCUUCCUGCGGCGAUUGAAAUAACCGAAGGGAAUACCCUCCCGCCUUCUAUUUUGGAAAAAGCGGAGGCUGUGAGGAACGCCGGGGGGAUUACAGCGUUGGAAACGUUGUUAAAUGAUUUACCGGACCUUCUAAAGAGGAAUACAGACAUUUUAGAUGAGACAGAUAGGAUUCUCAAUGAAGAAGCGCAAUCGGAUAGGCAACUUCGUGAGCAGUUCAAGGAACGUUGGACACGUACAUCUUCUGAUAAAUUAACAGAAAUGUUCCGGUCUAAUAUUGCGAAAUAUCGACAGAUUAUUAAUAACGCUGUGAAUGCAGAUAAAACAGUCCGGGAGAAGUUUGAAACGCAUCGUAAAUUCAUGGAGGUGUUGAGUAAGAGUCCAGAAGCUGUGGAAGCAGCUGUUCCCUCUGGUGGACAGUCAAAUCUGGCGAAUUCAUCAGCAGUGAGUACUCUAAGAGGUCUAAUGGAAGAGGUUGAAACAAUCAAGGCGGAACGAGAUGUGAUUGAAUCAGAGUUAAAUUCAUCUUCGUUUGACAUGAAAGCUGAAUUCAUGGCCGCGUUGGCUAAAGAUGGCGCUAUUAACGAACCGCCGAUGUCUGUGGAGUGUUUGGGUAAGCAUUUCGGGCCGUUGCAAACGCAAGUUCGUCAGAGUAUCGAACGACAAGGUGAAUUAGUCGCGAAGAUUCAAAGCGCCCAUUCGCAGUUUGUUAAUGAGCGUGGUAGUACCACGAACAACCGCGAUGAGGUUAUGAGUCAACUCGCGGCUGCACACGAUGCUUUCCGAGACUUGCAGAAUCAUCUCAAAGAGGGCACUAAGUUCUACAAUGAACUUACACAGUUGUUGGUUGUAACGCAAAACAAAAUCAGUGACUUUUGUUUCGCACGUAAAACCGAAAAAGAAGAGCUGUUGAAAGAUUUGACACAGGAGAGUAGCCGUCAAACGACACCAGCGCCACCUGCACGGCCUGAGUAUCACAAAGACGUACCAACUGGUCCGCCAUCAUCCGCGCCCAGUCAACCGACGCCGCAGGGCGUACAAGGCAACCUGCCGUAUCCAGUUUACGUGCAGGGAAUGCCAGUGCCCUACGGGGCGAGUGUUCAAUCGCCGUAUCCAUCGUACGCACCGCCUCCGAUGCCUACAAGUUAUAAUCCGUACGGAACUAUGCCGUAUCCAAAUACCUAUUCCUUCCCGCAAGCCGGUGGUUUCCCACCGGGUGCACCACCGCAAGGUUAUCCACAUCCACCGCAACAACAAGGCUAUCAUCCACCUGGAGCACCUGGCCAGGGUCAACCCGGUUAUCCCUACGGUGGUUGGGGCACCUUAUAAAGGUAGGUAAUGUUAAAUGUUCAACAUGUACACGUUAUUAUGAUAUUGUUACUCGUAUUUUUUUAUCACACGCGAAUUGUACUAAUCGUAGUGCCUAUAUUAAUACUAAUCAAGUAUAAGUCUAAGCAAUUACACAUGUUAUUGAAUUGAGAUUAUCGUAAGCAUAAUUUUAUUAAAACAGAGCUUAAGUUACAACUUAUAA